AAUAUAUCAUGGACUGACUCAGGUUAUAGCGCAUGGAGUAUCACAUAAAUGUCUUUAGCGCAUUUAUCUAGCUUGCUAGCCAGCUAGUUAUUAGUGUCAAAAUAGUUUGUGACCGAAGUUCUACACAAUUUUACUCAAAUCGGAGAACUGGUGAAAGUAUACGAACAAAAUGAGUUGUCUAUGGAUGGGCAAUCUGGAGCCGUAUAUGGAUGAGAAGUUCAUCUCGCGUGCCUUCGCCACCAUGGGGGAGCUGGUGGUGGGGGUGAGGAUCAUCCGCAACAAGAUGACAUGGGGUGCAGCGGGGUACUGCUUUGUGGAGCUGGCAGAUGAGGCGACAGCAGAAAGAUGUCUCCGUAAGAUCAACGGAAAGCCCCUUCCAGGAGCCACACCGCCCAAAAGAUUCAAGCUGAACAGGGCCACAUACGGGAGGCAGGGAGACACCAGGAACAGAGGGGGUCCCCCAGAUGGGCGGGGUUCCCAGCCGUACCCCUAUAAUCACGGCCAGUACUACCCACAGUACCCCAACUACUACAACAACUGGGGCUAUGACCACAACGCUGCGGGAUACAACUACAACCAGUACGACUACAGCACACAGACAUAUGAAGGGGCUGAAGAUGACGGACUUGAGGACCCCGGGGAGCAGCUGGAUGUGACGGAGGCCAAUAGGCAGUUCAUGGAGGAGAGUGAGGAGUUGUACGACGCCCUGAUGGAAUGCCAUUGGCCGCCCCGGGACUCCGCCCACCUCCCCGUCUCCCUGUAGCCCAUGCCUGCUCACAGGUCACAUGACUCUGGUCCACACGUCCUCUCUAGGGCCUGUGGGAGGUUAAAGGUCACUCGGAACUCUCCUGGAUGAGUGUUCCUCAGCUUUCCGGGGAAUCUUCUGGAUUCUUUUUUUAUUGCCACUUUCACUGCCCCCCCCCCCCCCCUCCUGCAGAGGCUCAUGGGAUAGCGGGAGGUACAGACCCCGGACUGAUCUGCCCUGUACACACAGAGGAGCUGUGUGGAGCUGUCUGAGCAUGCUCCCGUAGCAGCCUGAUCUCUACGUCUGUGUACACUUUGUGCAUCCUGUAUAUCUGUGGGAUUGUAUGAUUGCGAUUGUGGGAGUGUGUGAUUGUGGGAUUAUAGGUUUGUGGGAUUGUAUGAUUAUAUGUUUGUGGAAGUGUGGGAUUGUGGGAGUGUGAGAUUGUAUGUUUGUGGGAUUAUAUGAGUGUGUGAUUGUGGGAGUGGAUAAAGGUGGCAGGCUGCUCCAGUAAGCACCAGCGCAGGUCUGCUGCGGAGCUGAGGUGUGUCAGGUGUGUUUCUGCUGUCAACUCUAACCUGCACCACUGCCACUAUUGCACACACAUGCUCGAGGGAGGUUCUCCGUAGCGUCCGUGUUAAAUGUGGGACACUGACUAAAGCAGUGCUUCCCUGGGUCCUGGAGCCCCCUGUGUAUGCUGGUUUUAAUUCCAACCACAAGUGCAAUCCCACAUUUUUAACAAGCAGUUAAUUUGGCCCAAUUCAUGUUCAGAAGGAUAAGCCACAGUAUGUCAGAUAUAGCUAUGCAUGCCAUGAAGUAUAACAUUGCUGUAUUGUAAACAACUGCAUAAAAAGUAAAUUGUUAAAUAAUCUAAUUAAAGCUUGAGUUGAAUCACUAUGUUCCUAAUAGUGUGGACACCUGCAUACUAAAACUAACCAUCAGGAAGAUAAAAAAAUCCUGACAAAGACGAUUAUAAAGAGCCAAACCUGUAUGCUGUUGAUUAAAUAAAACGAGAACCUUUUUUCAUUUGAUCAAAAAAUUGAUUUAUGUUCAUGUGAUUGUUUGCAAUACAACACAAUAUGAACCUGGGAAUGUUAUUAUUUAUGGCAUGCAUAGCUAUUUCUGACCUGAUGUGGCUCACCGUUCCAUGAAGCACCUAAUUAGGCCAAAUGAACAGCUUGAUAAAAUGCUGAGAUGGUGAAUGUGACUGGAAGGGAAAGCCGCACUCACAGGACCGAGUGUGUGUCCCACUGGACCUUUCUGAACCACUGGACCUCUCUGUAAAGCCCGCUGUGGAAAAUACACACUGCAGUUACAAUCAUACCUUUCACAACUCACAUUCUCCUUUUUGUGUCAUUUUGCCGAAAGAAUAAAGAAUUAUAUUUCUCUUUU